GCCUAGCUUGGAUCAGAAGGACGCGGUCUGCAGGGAGUGGGCAUCUAGAGUUCUUCUCAGCAGCAACUCGCCCUCGGAAACCGAGGAGGAUCUCGGGGACGACAGUGCAGACGGAACGCGGCUGCAACCGGACGACUCGUUUGACAAGGGAGGUGUAAGGCCGGACUACCCGCUCUGCUGCGUGAACGACGGGGGCUGCGCAGGGGUGGGCUACACCACUACGAAUGUUGAGUUCACCAAAGAUGGACUCCGAGAACUGGAGUUGAUGAUGGUGGAGGUUCGUGGUCGUCUUUGUCUACUUUGCCUUCACUCGCUGGUUUUCUGUCUAUUUUAGUGUAGAUGCAACUAGAGUUAUAAAAGUAUGUGUGCGUUUAAAAUCAUGAAGGGCUUCCUUGUUCUCCAAUGAUGUUAUGGCAGUCUCAAAUAGCAUACAAAAAUGUAUCGCAUUACCUAUUUAGUCUUUGUCUUAAUUUCUUCCACACUGUAUACUGAAUAGGUUUUCAUAUCUCCUUAUCUUCCUCAGUUUUUUACAUUCUUCCUCAAUACAGAUGUCCAAAUUAUCAAAUUCAUUUACAAAAAUCUCCUUUGUUUGAUAAUAUGCCCCCCCCCCCCUCCCUUUUUUUUUCUUCUCUUUGUUAUUAACAGGUAUAUGGCAGUUUUAGUAGUUAUAUCAAUUGUAUGGCAGUCUUAACGGUUUUAUAUAUANAUAUAUAUAUAUAUAUAUAUAUAUAUAUAUAUAUAUAUAUAUAUGUCUUUUUUGUGCUGGUACGCACCGGUACGGCGUACCGGCACCUUUUUCAAUGUGGGGAAAAAAUUAUUACUUUUCUUGUAAUUUUACGUUUAUUAUUAAUUUAUUAUAUUAUUAAUUUGUUAAAAUUGAAUUAUUUUAAAAUUGCGCGCAAAUAAGAAUUAAAAUAUAAAAUGCGAAACUGCUUUCCGCACACACUCGUAAUGUUACGUCAUUGGUUAUUAACCUAUUUCCGGUCAUGGUUGUUUUUAAGACGUAAUGCCUUUAAAAUUUCAAAAUUUGAAUGUAAUAAUUAAGACUUAAAGAAAUUAAAACGAGCGCAGUUAGAAAUUGAUAAUUUAAGCAAUAAUUAUUUCUUAGCCCACUUUGGAAAUGAAGAAAGUUUCUGAUUUCUUUUCGCAUUCAAUCGAUGUUCCGACUGGGACUUUGCCGGUAAGUAAGAAAACCAGACUGAGACUGACUUAAGAAAUAACUGCAGAAGCCAAUGUCACAGAAGAAACCCUAAUGGAACUAUCGGGACCAAAGCCGUCAGUUAUCGUUCUUGGUUCCUAUGUUACUUUUGAACAACUGCAGCCUGCAAAUGUUGAUUGGCCUACCUGCUGGACUUUAGAUCAAAGAAAUUAUUUCCUUCUGAAAUAUGAUUGGCUAUCUAUCCAUAAUGAAAAAAAAAAACUUGGUUGUAUCCCUUACCGAAAAGUUGGCAAUCUCGGAGUCGAGGCAAAGAUGGGAAUGAAGGUAUCGUACGAAUGGGCCGACAAUAAAAUAACUUACUUCGGUACUAAUCGACAACAACAGCUUAUGUCUUUAAGAAAGAAAUUAUUCGAUCAUAAAGAAACUGCGGCAUACAAAGCUGCGCGUAAGAUCCUAACAGAAGCCGAGGCAGCACCUAUUGAGAACGUGUUGUUGAAGGCAUUAACUCGUGAGAAAAUCGUAACUGCAAAGAUUUUUCGUAGAGCAUAUAAAGUAGCCAAAGAAAACCAAUCGUUUCAUAAUUUCGAAUCUGAAAUAGAUUUGCAAGAACUAAACGGAGUUGAGAUGGGCCGUAUUCUUCAUUCAACCUUUGCUUGCAUAAAUGUAGUGAAUCACAUUAGUUGUGAAAUGAGAAAAAAAAAUUGUUACAAGAAAUUGUACAAUAAAACUUCAUUGAUCAUCGACGAAUCAACUACGCUUAGCCAAAAUUCGACUUUAAUUGUGUAUAUUCGGAUUUGUCUUGCAGACAGUGGAAUGACCUCACCAGUAAAUUUAUUCUUGGAUUUGGUAGAACUCGAAAGUGUAACCGCAAAUGGAAUUUUUGCUUCUUUACUACACUGCCUUUAUUUCUAUGGGUUAACAGAAGACUUUCUAAGAAGGAACUUAGUUUCUCUUGCAUGUGAUCGAGCAGCUAUGAUGUUGGGAAGCAAAAGUGGCGUCAAGACAUUGCUAAAAGAAAAGUUUCCAUCGGUUCUGGUUUGGCAUUGUGCAAAUCACCAACUGGAACUCUCCGUUGGUGAUGUCGUAAAACAAGUUUCAGGGAUCAACAGAUUUAAGGUAUUCAUUGAUAAACUGCAUGUAGUUUAUCAUUCUUCACCCAAAAAUUGCAGAGAAUUGCAAAUAUGUGCUCGUUUGUUAAAAGCUGAGUUGUUAAAAAUUGGAAGAAUGUUAAGCACGCGAUGGGUGGCAUCCAGCUUCCGUUCUGUUUUAGCAGUUUGGGAAGAUUAUGAAGUUUUGGUACAACAUUUUGAAGAAGCAAAACUUGACUCUACCAGAGACAAAAAAGAUCAAUGCAUGUAUGAAGGUUUGCAGCGAAAGAUUACUUCUACGGAAUUUGUACUAGACCUCGGAUUGAUGUGCGAUGCGCUCCAAGAAUUGUCAGAGUUAAGUUUGGAUUUGCAAGAGCGCAACAUAGACAACUACAGAGAAGAUAAAAAAAAUCAAGGCUGUUAUACAGAUUUUUGAAGAAAGGCAAAUUAUUCCAAGCCCUUAUUAUAAAAUUGCGGCCACCGCUGUAGAUAGUAACCUUUUCAAAGGAGUUUCACUUCACACCAAAAACUGUACCAGUGAUCCACCAAUUGACGUAAAAGCUUUUUACAAAAAACUACAAGAAUCAAUUGAACAAAGGUUGCUUUCUAGUGAAGAUGCUGAGUUGGCAUAUUGGGCUCGAGUGCUCGAUACAAAGCAAUGGCCGGCCAACAUUGGUACUCACUUAACAUUUGGCGAAACAGAAAUGAGAAACUUGUCAACAAGAUUGCAAUUAAACGAAAGAAUAAUGAUUCGUGGAUUUCGUGAAUAUCUCAUCGAAAAAAAACGUUCCGGAUAAACUACUUCCUUUGAAAAUUGCUCUCAGUACAAUCCCAAUUUCUUCAAGUGAUGCCGAAAGAAGAUUUUCGCAAAUGAAUCUUAUCAUCAACCCGACAAGAAGUUCAUUGAUGACAACAACUGUAUCUUCACUGUUAUUUAUCCCAUUAGUUGGACCACCACUCGUACGUUUUGACCCUACAAGAUACGUUGAUUCAUGGUUGCUUAGAGGCAGACAUUCAGCCACAGAUACCAACAGCAAAGAACGCAGUUGGGAGUAUACGUCAGAUGAGAACUUGAUCAAACUUUGGAAUUUAUGAUGAAUAAUUUAUUCAACAUUAUAUUUCAUUUUUAACAGGGUUCUUUCCUAUAAAACACAAGAGAGCUUAACAAAUUUUUAAAAAAGUAAAUCAAGAAUAACUUGAAUAAGUUGUUAGUUAAAUUUUACAAAUCAUAACAAAUGUAUACGGUAUACUAAUAAAGUAAUAAUAAAACGAUUUAAGUUGGUUAAUUAUAAAAUAAAAUUGUUUUAGACAUUUAGUAUCUUUGCAGAUGUGAUUUAGCUUGCAUCGAGGUGCGAACUGGUAGUUAAAAGUUAGGCAAUCCAUCACUGAGUACCGGCACCUAUUUUUUACAAAAAAAGCACCUUAUAUAUAUAUAUAUAGUAUGGGAGUUGUUACGCAUGCGCAGUUAUGGAAGGCUCCAGAAGUGUCUUACAUUCCGUUCCUACAUAAUAAAUCUUCGUUUCUUGCACGAUCGCAGUGCCUAGGCCAUAUGAUCUCAGGAAUCUUUGAUGGAAUACAUUCAGUCAUUCAGUGUCUGUGCUGACGCUGUCAUAAUAAACAGUAGGAUGACUCUACAAAAUAUACUUUGUGACUUUGUGCUUACCAAAGUUGAUGCUACAGUUAAAGUGGCGACUGUUGGUGGGUUUAAUGUCCCAGCCUAUGUCUGCCGUUAGCAGCCAUAUAUUCUAAGUUUAUACCCCACCCCCUCACCCAUGUGACUGCACACCUCAUUUUUUUUCUUCGUUUUAGCAAAGUCGCAGGCGAUCUCUAAGGCUUGCGAAACAUCGUCAUGAAGUUGGUCGCAGAGGGACGCCUCUGGAAGUCAGCCCUGACACAGAGUCAUCUGACUCUAAGCUUGGCUUGGACGCAUGCAUCGACCUGUCUGACGAACUGUAAGUGCUGCAACAGCUGAGCUCAUGCAUGACGCUAUUGCUUAGCACAGUGGUCGGAAAACUCAUUAGUCAGUGGUCGGAAAACUCAUUAGUCAGUGGUCGGAAAACUCAUUAGUCAGUGGUCGGAAAACUCAUUAGUCAGUGGUCGGAAAACUCAUUAGUCAGUGGUCGGCAAACUAAUUAGUAAGUGGUCGGAAAACUCAUUAGUCAGUGGUCGGAAAAAUCAUUAGCCAGUGGUCGGAAAAAUCAUUAGUCAAAGGAGCCAAAAAAUCAGCAGCAGAAAGAUUUUAAAAAUUUUGAGAGCCAAAUUCCUUUUCAAGAACCUGUCAAGAACCAUGUUUUUUUUUGAGUCAAAACCGAUUGGUGGCCGACUGGCCGAGCCAUACCCAGGUCGCUAAAGGGCCGAAUGCGGCUCGCGAGUCGCGAUAUGCUGACCACUGCAGGCUUGGCAUGAUGUAAAAUGGAGGGGAACAAAUAAUGUAACUGAGAACGACUGCAAUAGAGCGGAAGGUCCAAACAGAGUUAUGGUUUCUAGUUGUGCUGUCUUGUGAUCCUACAUUGUAAUGAAAGUGAACCCACCAACGACGUUCAAAGGACAGUAUAAUCAUUUUACUCGGGUUUCUGGCUUUUCAUCCAACAGACUUGUAGCAAUUAUCUCUUCAAAUCCUUGUACAUCCUUACACCCAAACCUCUGCACCCUUCCAUUUGACUCUAAUUCUCUCACCAUAAUUUCAAAACCUAUAAUUGUGCCAGUACUUGGUCGGCUUGUUAAGCCUUUUUCUUACUGGUGGAGCCACAGUAUAUACAAAUUUAAAUAAAACCUGUAAAUUCAGGGUGGGGGGAAUGCCUCACCCUGCCCUACCCAAAUGACGUCAUUGUAAUCCCUUUCCCAUUAACCCAUGCUAAACCUUGUCACCCCUACCUUCAACCCACCCUAAACCUUGGCCCCAGGGACGUGCUGGCCCAAGACGACGCGACGAGCAUUCGUCAUGGGCCUUUUUGGGCAGUUAUUAUAAUCUCCGGUGUGCGGGUGGGGGGGGGCGGGGUUGCCUCCGGGCCUUUCUUACUACACCGUUCCUCACGGCUUUCCAUGUGCCAGCACGUCCCUGCUUGGCCCCCCUACCUUCAACCCACCCUAAAACUUCCCCCCCCCCUACCUUCAUAUCCAACUCAUACCUGUGAUUUAAUGCUCCCAACUUUCAGAAUUUGUCGCCGAGAACUCCGUCAACCCCAGAAUUCAGCUGAUCAACUGACUACGGCCACCGAGUACUUGCACGUGUACUCCCCACCCACUGACAAAACGACGCCCACCGAGUACCUGCACGUGCACUCCCCACCCACUGACCAAAAACGACACCAGGGCGAGGUCGAGUAAAAAAAAAUUAUUAAAGAUUGCCUCUAAACUAAUUUAACAGGACGAUCGAAAUGAGAAAUAUUAAGUCGUAAACUUCACUUCUAAAUAUGGGAGGCAAUGUUGACAUUACUUUCUUUACAACCUUAAAAAAAGUGGACCUUAAAGAAAAUGGGGUUAAUUUUUUGUUUCAAAGAAAAUAUCAUUACAUAAGUGGGAGGCUGCUUAAAAUAGAGAAUUUAAAAAAGAGCAAGAGAACAAUGUUAAAUUUUUAUUGGUCGGCAACAAUCGCGUCCAGGAAAGUCUGGUUCUAUGAUGUGCAGAAAAAAUUCUAGUGUUGAAUUUCGACAGGUUGAAUUGUGACAGGUUGAAUUGCGACAGAUACUGUAUAAAGUUUUUAGCUUAAGUUUAUUC